AUGCGAUGCGCGAGCAAGGCCGCCGAGAGCGCGUCUGCACGUCUCUGUGCGGACGCCGAAGCAGAAACUACAGCAACUGAUAUCCCAUCGGUUGCUGAAUCGACUCAGCCUGUAUCACCUGGUGAUGCAGGCGCUGGUCAUGAAGACACUCGUGUCUUCACAGAGUACGAGCUCGGUGUCUCGUACUCUCCUGAUACGGAUGACGGAUCCGUAUCGACGGCAAUUGAAUCCAAGCCGCCUGCCAAGCGUGGCAUGGACGAUGCUUUGCGUCGCAGCAUCUUUGGUUCAUCUGAUGAGUCAGAUGAACCAUCGCCGAAGCGAAGGCGCUCGAGGUCGCGAGACUCGGGCGCUAAUAGUGGUGUCGGUUCUCCUAUGGACACCACUUCACAGCGAGGUGCCAGUACUUCUGUCGGCACGUCGCAGGAAGAGCGGGACCGCAAUGUGUUGCGUCUCGCUCCUGAGAAGAAGGCAUGGAUGCCUCCUAAAUCAGUCAUGGAUCACUUGUCGGCGCGGCGAGUGAUCGUUAUCGAACACGAUUGUUCGAUUCGUCAAGGAUCCAUCACCUUGACCCCAGUGCGAAAGACUAUCGCGCUGAACAUGAAUUCUUCAUCUAUGCUUUCUUCAAACAUCGAUGGUACAGUGGGAAUCACAAACGUGAUGGUCCCUCACUGCUUCAAGCGUGGAACGCCUACAUCCAUAAUCUCGAGGAUGUAG